CCCGUGUCCCCCCGCUGUCCCCCCCUGUCCCCAGCUGCCAUAAGAGGCCCCGCGGGGGUCGCUGCCCCCACCCGCCAUGGCGGCCCCGGGGGGCUCCGAGCCCGAGCGCGCCGCGGGGGGCUCCCCCGAGGGGGCUCCCCCGAGCAGGAGGGGUUCUUCUCGCUGCUGAGCUCCGUGCAGGGAACGCGCAUGGACGAACAGCGCUGCAGCCUGGGGGGGGGCACCGGAGGAGGGGGCUCGCAGCCGCCGCCCCCCGAGCUGGCCUCGCUGCUGGACAUGGUGGCGAGCUCGCAGGGCCGCAGGAUGGACGAGCAGCGGCUGCCCGUGCCCCGGCUGCCCGGCUUCGGCCCGGGGGCGCAGGACUGACCCCGGACCCCCCCGGACCCCCCUGGAGACCCCCGGAGACCCCCGAGCCCGCCCCUCCCCCGCUGUGUCCCCAAUAAACCCCCGAGCACUGGG